GUCCCUAUACACUAAGAGGGGUCUAGAGAGUAAAUUACUCUGGAAGUCUAUGGUAUAGCAAUAAAGAAGAAGAAGGGGUGUUUGUAUGAAAUAAAAAACAGCGCUGGGUUGCCGCCGCCGCCACCGCUGCCUCCAUCGUGCCAGCCCCUCGGGUCUCAACAAGGCCGGGUGACGCUCCAGAAUGGGAGACAAGCCAAUUUGGGAGCAGAUUGCAUCCAGCUUCAUUCAGCAUUACUACCAGUUAUUUGAUAACGACAGAACCCAACUAGGUGCAAUUUAUAUUGAUGCAUCAUGCCUUACAUGGGAAGGACAGCAGUUCCAGGGGAAAGCUGCCAUUGUGGAGAAGUUGUCUAGCCUUCCGUUCCAGAAAAUCCAGCACAGCAUCACGGCACAGGACCAUCAGCCCACGCCAGAUAGCUGCAUCAUCAGCAUGGUAGUGGGCCAGCUCAAGGCUGAUGAAGACCCCAUCAUGGGGUUCCACCAGAUGUUCCUAUUAAAGAACAUCAGUGAUGCUUGGGUUUGCACCAAUGACAUGUUCAGGCUUGCCUUGCACAACUUCGGCUGACCUCUUCCCAGCCAGGCACUCAUGCUGUUUCCUCCUCCCUCCUCUUCCUGAUAACUAUUCACACUCCUCCAGAUGCUCCAAAUAUCAUACACAAAUGAGCAGGGCCGCGGUGGGAGUGGCAUGAUGUUUGGAUGCUAGAAUAGUUGCAUCUGACAGGAGAAGUUUGUGUGGUACCAGCGCAUGCCUUGGAAAGACUUAAGUAAUGCAAAAGGUUGUCUUUUUUUUUUUUUUUUUUUUUAAUCUACUGACAAGUUGCUCUAGUAACCCAAAGAAGUGAAGGAGAAAGCAGCUGCCUCACCGCCCAGAUAUUGAUUUGUUCGGAUGUUUCAAUGACUCAUGAUAUAAUAAAACCACAAAAAUUUUCUUUAAAAAAAAAAAGAAAAAACAAUUUCUUGAGGUAUUUAUAUGACUUAAUUUCUUAAAAGGCUAAUACAUUAUGCUAGAGGUAUAGUUAUAUACCCUAUUCUCUUUUUAUGUGCCAGUAUGAGGAGUCAUGCCUGAUAUCCUGUUAGAGUGCCAGCAUUUAAACAAAACAAAACAAUUCUAGAGGCUUAUUUAGCAGCCCUCCUUCUUUUUUAAAGUAAAUGUACCCUCAACAUGGGGCUGAAACUCACAAUCCUGAGAUUAAGAGUCACAUGCCUUACUAGCUGAGCCAGCCAGUUGCCCCAUUAGUGGCCCUCUUUCAAGAUGAUAAAGCAAGGUCAGCUCCUGUUACCUGCCCCUCCUUCCCUCUUCCCUUCCUGCUCAUAAAGAGAGUCUUGGCAUUUGGCAGGAAGAGGAGUGAAUCUGGAGGCUGGUAGGAGCAGAAGAAGCAGAGGGUUGCUGCUGGUGGCGAUUGCAUGGGGGGGGGGGUGUGCUAAUCUCACCCCUGUACUAAAAAGAUCCAAGCUUCACUUGCAGACAAGCUUGCUGAAGCCAGCCACUCAUCCCAGCCUUUCCAAAUUCUGCCCAUCCAAUGGCCCUCCCAGCUUUUCACUAGGGAUUCAGGUCAAGAAGAUAACAGACGUCUUGUUUGAACUCUGAAAACUGAAGUCCUCGAGGUGCCUUUAAGAACUGGAUCCCUUCAAGGCUGAAACUGCUGUUUUCAUCAGUGUGGUAAAUCUAGAUUAGACAUUUUGUGAUUUGUGAUGUAGCUGUAUACACUUACUGUGGAGCUGCUGAGACAAUAAACAUUAACGAUGGCCCCUCUA